AUGUUUAAGCUGCGGCUGGGCUGGUACGCUGGGGUAUCGACUGCCCUGGCGGGUGCCGUCGUCCUGUCGGCAUUCCACCAGCGCGCCAACUUUUAUUCGGCCAUGGUAUACCUUGCGCAGAGCAACUUCUGUCUGCUGGUCCUGGUCAACUUCACAUUGCUAUUGUAUAGUAGCUUUAUAUAUGCCUUGACGCAGCUGUGUUUCGGCACGUUGCGUGCGAUCGAGGUCGAGCAGCUCACCGAGCGAGCAUGGUUUGCCAUCACCGAGACGUGCCUCGCCAUGACCAUCUUUCGGGAAGAGAUUGGAGCUUGGUUCCUCGUCAUGUUCACGGCAUUGGUCACGGGCAAGGUCUGGGGCUGGAUUGGAGACGGCCGUGUCGAGUUUCUCGAGCAACAACCCCCCGCGAACCCCCGGCUCUUCCAUCUGCGACUCAGCAUCUCUCUUGCUGCUAGCUUUAUCUACGAUAUCUGGAUACUCCGUUAUGCGAUCUAUACCGUCAUUCAACAAGCUAGGCCCAAUAUGAUGGUUAUGUUCCUCUUCGAGUUCGCUGUUCUGGCUACCUGUUCCUGGAGAACGGGGGCUCGGUACCUGGUGUCGCUCACGGAGCAGCGCAUCGUCCAUUUGCAGACGAGAACACGCUUGGCAGAGCGGAGGGCAGAAGUCAGCCAGCAACGCGAGGCCAUCAUUCGUCAGCGAGAGCAGGCCGCAGCUGCUGGAGAACCAGCUCCUGAAACCGAGGAGCCUUUACCCAACCCUGACGACAUUGAUGAAAUGGAUAUUGAAGUUCCUGGCUGGGCGGCAAAGGGCGAGCUCGUUCUUUGGCUAGAUCUGGUUACUGAUAUGGUCAAGCUGGGCAUCUACGUCUCGUUCUUCAUGAUGCUUCUCGUAUUCUAUGGACUUCCUAUUCAUAUCAUGAGGGACCUGUUCAUGACAACACGCGACUUCCUCAAGAGGCUCAAUGCACUUUUGCGGUACAGACGGGCAAUUCAGGAGAUGAACAAGUACCCCGAUGCUACUGAGCGCGAUCUUGCGCAAGAAAAUACGUGCAUCAUCUGUCGUGAAGAGAUGCAUCUGUGGGAUCCUGCAAACAACGCGGGCACCAUCGACCGUGUACGUCCCAAGAAGCUCCCCUGUGGUCACAUUCUGCAUCUUGGCUGCCUCAAGAGCUGGCUGGAACGGCAGCAGGUAUGCCCAACGUGUAGAAGGCCUGUCACGGGUGAGCGACCUCGAUCUGCUAACGGCGCCCGUCGCGCUGCUCUUCGGAUUCAAUUCGGACCUGGUCAGGACCAACGUGCUGAUGGCAACGACAACGCAAACAAUAAUAACAAUAACGAUAACAAUAACGUACGCCGUGAUGGACAGAAUGCCGCGGCAGCUCCUCGACAAGCUCAAGGAGCAGGGCGGCCUCGUGUCUUCCAAUUUGGACCUAUCAGACUCGGAUUUGGAGCCAAUGACCAGCAAGUCCGUGAGCUCGCUCAAGAGUUUGGUAUGCCACAGAUUGCUCCCGAUCAAGGCCAGAAUGCUUCCACGGCGACUGCUCAAACUCAGAUUCAGCUACCUCCAAACAGCGAUAGUUAUCAGCAAUUUCUUAAUCAGGCUCUUAGCCAGCCUCCAUCGGGUGAUAGUUAUAACCAUGUGCUUAUUGGAAGCCUCCUACAGCAGGCGGAGCAGCUGCUGCAACGCCAAUUGGCCAGCUUGCAGAACACGCAGCAAGAGCUACAGAUUGCCAAUCUUCUCAAUACCGAGAUGCAGCGACUUCGUCAGCGACGACUACAGCCACAGGAUGCCGCACAGAAUGGCCAAGCGCAGCCGCCUACAUCUUUCAAUCAGCCAACCGGCUUACCUCCAGUAGGGUUGCCGCCUCUGCCUGUGGCCCUACCUCCUCUUGGUACCUUUGACUCUGCCUUUUCGAGAAUACCUCCUAGAAUGAAUAGCCCGCUGAUGACUCGACACGGAGCUGGCCCGUUCACGACGGCAAUUCCUGCUGGCAGCCCCGAUUUGCCAGAAGGAGUAGUGCUGCCUCCAGGGUGGUCCUUGACGCCUCUGCAGAGACUUGAUAACCCUCAUGCUGUGCCUCCUUACUCUCCCCAGACUGCUGGUGUGCCUUCACAUGGAGAUCCCACGAACGGAGGCCACAUGGCACCAACCUCGGUACAGCCAACGCCAACAACGUCACAUAGUCAAGAGACAGUUCCAGCAGAAUCUUCGUCGAUUCCUGCUCCAGUAGCUCACGUGUCGACGCCGCGAACAGAUUCACUACCUGUUCCCAGUGUUCUGUCUGAUCCUCCGCCCGUGGUGUCACCUAGUCCGAUGUUGCCAAACUGGGGCGGAUCCAAUCAGCUUUUCGGUGGCAGUUCUCGUCUGGAACAAGGAGACACGGCGAGCCAAGCCAGUACACAGGCCGCUCCUUCAACGGAAAUCGACAAUGCGCCUGAAAAUAGCAGCGCUCACGAGUCUCUGCCGGCGGCGGAUCUCAAACGAGAGCCGAGCAUCCUUGAGCUUGAGCAGCAGAAUGACGAGAGUCAUGCUGAAGAUGAUCCGUCUGAAAAGGGAAAGGGUAGAGCCGUCACUGUGGAAGAGGCUGAGGAUGAGGAGGACUGA